AUGAAGAACAGUGGAAACAACACAGGGAAAUUAAUAUUAUUAGUUUUAGUUAUACUUAGUUUUAGUUAUACUAAAGAAAAACCUACUCAGAAUUCUUCUUCAGAAGAAAAUAAGGAACUUUAUGAAAUCAGAUUCUUGGAUAGUUUUGGGUUCAAUCCUGCAUCAUUAGAUUGCUUAAGUAAAAAUUUAGAUGAUGAUCAGUGCGUAAUAAGUAAACGAUAUUAUGAUUCAUUUGGAACCAUUUCUGAAAUUAGUGAAAAUGAAGAUACUUGUCAAAUGAUUCCUUCUAAAAAUGGGGUCUUCGAGCUAAUGAGAAAAAAAGGAAUUAAUCCCUAUGAAUACAUGGAUUCUUUCAAAAAAUAUGAAUAUACUGAAAUUCCUUCAAUCAACAAAUUUGAUGAUAGUUUGAAUAAUAAAAAAUGUACUGAAGAAGAAUAUUUAUAUGCACAGCAAGUAUGGAAUGAAAUGAAAUGUCAAAAUUUAAGGGAUUAUACAAAUAUUUAUAUGAUCAAUGAUGUAUUAUUAUUAGCAGAUGUAUUUGAAAAUUUUAGAAAUCUGAGUAUGAAAGAAUAUGGACUUGAUCCGUGUUGGUACUAUACAUCACCUGGAUUAUCAUGGGAUGCGAUGCUUAAAAAAACUGAAGUCAAAUUAGAAACAAUUGCUGAUAAUGAAAUGUAUCUUUUCAUUGAGAAAGGAAUAAGAGGAGGUAUGGUGAAUGCUGUAAAAAGAUAUGCAAAAGCAAAUAAUAAAUAUAUGAGUGAAUACAAUCCUAAUGAUAAAAGUAAAUAUUUAUUAUACCUCGACGCUAACAAUUUGUAUGGAUGGGCGAUGAAUCAAAAACUACCUUAUGGAACAUUUGAGUUUGUAGAAGGUAUAGAAAACUUACAAACAGAAAAUAAAAUUAAACAAUUCAUUAAUCGAUUGAAUGAACAAGAAAAAGGUUGCAUUUUAGAAGUUGAUCUUGAAUACCCUCAAGCAAUACAUGAUCAACAUAAUGACUUCCCUUUAUGCCCACAAAAUGUAAAAAUUAAUCGACAAAACAUAGCAAAAUUAACAAAUACUCUUUUUGAUACACAAAAAUAUGUAAUACAUUACAAAAAUCUACUUCAAGCAUUGAAAUAUGGUUUGAAAUUAAAGAAAGUUCAUAGAAUUUUAACGUUUAAAGAAAGUAAUUGGAUGGCUUCUUAUAUAGAAUUAAAUACAAAUCUAAGAAAAACGGCUAAAAAUGAUUUCGAGAAAGAUUUCUUUAAAUUGAUGAAUAAUUCUGUAUUCGGUAAAACGAUGGAAAACGUUCGUGGACGUGUUGAUAUUCGAUUAACUAUGGACGCAAAUUAUAUUGUUAGAUUAGCUAGCAAACCAAAUUUUAAAAGAACUAUAAUUUUAAAUAAUGAAUUAGCUGCUGUUGAAAUGAGUAAAACAAAUGUUAUUUUUGAUAAACCUAUUUAUGCGGAUUUUAGUAUAUUAGAAUUAAGCAAAUAUUUAAUGUACGAAUUUCAUUAUGAAGUAAUGCAAAAAAGAUACGGUAGAACCAUUACAGAAGGGAAUAAAAUAAGGUUAUGUUACCAGGAUACUGAUAGUUUAAUUUAUGAAAUUGAAACAGAAAAUGUAUAUGAAGACAUUAAAGAAAUUAAAGAAUAUUUUGACUUCAGUGAUUAUCCAGUUGAACAUCCGCUUUAUGAUACAUCAAAUAAGAAGGUGAUUGGUAAAUUCAAAGAUGAAUUAAAUAGUGAUAUUAUGACAGAAAUAGUAGCACUUCGUCCCAAACAAUAUGCUUUUAAAAAAGAGAAAGGAGUAGAAACUAAAAAAUGUAAAGGAAUAAAGAAAAAUAUUGUGAAAACACUAACAACUGAUGAUUAUACAAAAUUUCUAUUUGAAAAUGGUAUUGUUAGAAAAGAGCAAGUACUUAUUAGAUCAAAAAAGCAUGAAAUCUAUACCAUGAAACAAAAUAAAGUUGCAUUGAAUAAUGAAAAUACUGAAGAAUUUCGUCAAGAAUACAAGCGUUAUAUUAUGAAAAACAAUGAAGUAGAUACUAUUGCUUAUGGUCACUAUUCCAUGGAAAGCUCGUACCGAAAAUAA